AUGAUAGGCAAAUUAAAACACAACUUGCUUUUAGCAUGUUUAGUGAUUAGUUCACUCACAGUGUUUUAUCUUGGCCGGUAUGCAUUAGAAUGCCACCAUAAAAUAGAUCACAACGGGAAACUUCUACAGGUAUUAAGUAAUGGAAGAUCACUAAAUUAUGUUUCGGGAACUGGAUUAAAAAAUAAUUCAAACAGAUUUGUUUACAACAAAGACAUGCCAUUAAUAUUUAUUGGAGGCGUUCCGCGAAGUGGCACCACACUCAUGAGGGCUAUGCUCGAUGCUCAUCCUGAUGUUCGCUGUGGCGAAGAGACCAGAGUUAUUCCUAGAAUUCUAGCGAUGAAGCAUAUGUGGAGCAAAUCCGGCCGGGAAAAGCAGCGACUGGAUGAAGCUGGUGUUACGGAUGAGGUGCUGGAUUCAGCCAUGCAAGCCUUUUUACUAGAAAUUAUUGUUAAACAUGGGGAACCCGCUAAAUACUUGUGCAAUAAAGAUCCGUUUGCCCUUAAAUCGUUGACUUACUUAAGCAAAAUAUUUCCCAAUGCAAAAUUUAUUCUAAUGAUAAGAGAUGGCCGUGCUUCAGUUCAUUCUAUGAUUACUCGGAAAGUUACCAUAGCAGGAUUUGAUCUCAGCAGUUACAGAGACUGCUUGACCAAAUGGAACCGUGCCAUUGAGACCAUGUAUAACCAGUGUUUAGAAACUGGGUUUAAUAAGUGUUUGCCAGUACAUUAUGAACAACUUGUUUUGCAUCCAACUACAUGGAUGAAAAAUGUUCUGAAGUUCCUAGACAUACCUUGGAAUACAGCAGUUUUACAUCAUGAAGAAAUGAUAGGAAAAGUUGGUGGUGUUUCACUUUCUAAGGUUGAACGAUCUACAGAUCAAGUCAUCAAACCUGUCAAUAUUGAAGCCUUAACAAAAUGGGUGGGGAAAAUUCCGCAUGAAGUAGUUCGCGAAAUGCCAGUGAUUGCCCCAAUGUUAGCAAAACUUGGAUAUGAUCCAUAUGCAAACCCACCAAAUUAUGGAAAACCAGAUCCAGCAGUUAUUGAAAACACUAAAAGGGUCAUAAGAGGUUUCUUUCAGCUACCAGAAUUUCUUCAAGAACAUCCAGAGGUUGAGGUAAAGAAGCUCAAAGAAAGGGUCAGAAAUGUUCCUCAAAAAGAUAUGCGCAAAACUAAAGAGUGAACAAGAUGUCUGUCGUCAUGAUUCUCAAAAAAGCAAGCAGUUGUGAUCCUUUGUGUCUAGAACAGCAUUUUUGUUUUGCUUAUACAGAUUUUGUAAUAUACCAAUGUUGUGGUCACAUGAAUAUGAAAUAAAGCAAUUAUUAUUUUUGUAUAUUCUCCCACUUCCUUUGGUGGGUUAUUCCUAUUUUCUAAUGUCUGAGGAUACAUUUAUGGUACAGUAUGAGGAGUGCAUGUAACUGUUCUCAAUAGCAGCAAUACUAUUGCCUUAAUUAUAGAAGUAUCAACAAAUGAAGGUUAAAUGUGUGUUUAUUUGCCCUUGAGGCUUAUUCAUAACAGAAAGGUCACCAUGGCUGAAUUUUUUUUUUUUUUUUGUGUGGUUACAAUUUAAUGACUGAGGAUUUGUAACUGAUCUCUGACGGGUGUUUGAAUUAAACACAUCCUUUUUUCCUAAAUCCUUUGAAACGUUCAUUGUGUUCAUAGAAUGCAAUAAAUUUUUUAUCAUUUUGCCUAGAUAGCUCCAUGUGAAAUACAUAAUUUAGUACUGGAACCUGAGCAAAUGCAUAAUGUUAUUUGCAUAUGUAAUUUUUGAUUUAUUUGUAUGAUUGCAUACAAAGAUUUUGGUGUAAAUCCUUGGUUAUUUAUUGCUUUGGACCACGGACCUAUUUCUCAUGGCCUGCUCAUUUCAACAUCCAGGUAGUGCUGACUGCCUUGUUCAUUGGCUCAACACUUCAACAGAGGUCAGAUAUUAUGGUGGUGCCAACAUAGCUGUAUUCAAUCCCGACCUCAGCUGCUGUCUAUGCAGAGUUUGCACAUUCUUUCUGUGACCAUUUGGGUUUCUGCUGGGUUCACCGCUCAGCUCCCACAUCCCAAAGAUGUGCUCUCGAUUAAGUGACUCUUGUAAGUCACCCUACAGUGUAGGUGAGUAGUGCAAGGAGUUGAUGGAACGUGAGAGAGAAUAAGUUGCAAGGCUACAUAAAAAUAAGGAAGCAGGAUUCAGAUUGCUGGGGUGGUUGUGCCAGGAGCCAACAUAGACUUAGCCUCCUCUGUAGACUAAUGUCUUCCUUUGUUUAUUCAUCUCUUCCACAAAUGCUGUCUGGCCCAUUGAGUUACUCAAUUUACUGUCUGUGGUCACACCAGUUGAAUGUUGCAGUGGAAUAUCUUGUAGCUGUACACAGUACUGUGUAGCCUGUACCAGGGAGAACCCUGUAAUACUCUCCUCCACAGAGAGAGGAUGAAAUCCAGCAUAGAGAGCUUCAGUAACUUCCCAUGAGUGAAUGUGAAAGGUAGUACAUAGCGGUUGUGUCGUCUGAGGAGGAGCCAGACUUAUCAAAGUUAAUUGCUGCGUUACAUUGAUGCCCCCUUGCACUGUAAUACCAAGUCUCCUCUGAAUUUAUGGCUAUAGCACUUUUCAAAUUUCAUUGUGGUCCUUUUUAUUGAAGCAAAAGCAUAUUUACCUGUUAGACACAAAGUGCUGACAUGACUCAGCAGGUCAGGCAACAUCUCUGGAGAAAAAAGGAUGGGUGACAUUUUGGGUCGGGACCUUUCUAUGCUGAGAUUCAGAUUAGAUCAUUCCAUUUUCCCUUCCGUUCUCUUCCACAAGC